AUGUCAGAUCAACAACCUUCCCCGCUCUCUCAAACGGAACUAGAAGAGAGAUUUCGCCGGCAAACUGUAGCAAAGAGGAUUUUGAGAAAACUGCCAAAUGAAGUAAGUUUAUCAGAUUUGAAAAUAGUGUAUCAGUCUGUCGGGGAAAUAAUGUGGAUUUGUCGCAGCGCAAAUCCCGUCGCUGAAUUCAAAAGCUAUUUGAUUUUGCUGCGACACAAUUCAUUUUCUCGGCAGCGAUGCGAUUUUCGCGGCGCCAGAGUGCUCAUUAUUUUCCCGACAGACUGAUAGACCCGUCAUUUUUGUCAUGAUACUUGGAUUCAUAUUUUUAGAUCAAAACCAUGGUAGUCAGGGGACUGCAUUUCAUUCAGUUCGCCGACUCCGUCAGUCCGAAUGAUCCAAAAUAUCAAGUGCAAUUUGAGGAUGCAUGUCGAAGCAAUGGCUUGCUUCGAGAAAAGGGGGCAUCGUGGGGGGAGGAAUUUCAAAAGUAAGUUGCGUACUGACAACAAAUCAAAUUCUGGUCCAUCCGUAGUGCUCAUUAUUUGCGGGCACACCAUUUUCGGCACUAAUUUUAAUUCUCCAACACCACAAGCAUUGUCGAAUAUCAGAAUUUGUUUUUGUGAAAAAAGUUCUAUCAGUCUGUCGGGAAAAUAAUGAGCAUAAUCUCACUAUGCUGAUCUCGUAGCUGAAAUAAAAAGUAGUUUGAUUUUGCCGCGAAUUCGGCUCAUUAUUUUCCCGACAAGCUGAUAAUGUCUGUUAGAGUUCCAUGUCUAUUCAAGACGGUUUUCGGUGGAUAUUGUCUUUUCCAGCACUUCUGGAACCACUUACGUGUUUCUGAUCACUAGGUCAUCACUGUAUUUUCAGAUUCCUAUCGUCAUUGCCUCAAAUCCCACUAACCGGUUUGCUUGAAAGAAGUAUGAAAAACGACCGCAGAGUCGCCGGGAAGCCCAUAUUUCUCGACCGGCUCAGCGAACAUCGAGGGACAUUCUGUGCAGUCGAAAUCGAAACGACAGUGAAAAUGUCUGAAAAUGAAGAGACUUUGGAAGACUUGGAAAUUCGCAAUGUUUCACUGACAAAACUCGGUGGAGAUUUGCGGAUUGAGUUGGGCAAUCCCUAUGAUAUGGCUGAUGCUAAAGAUGAUGGGUCUUUUCGUAAAGAAAUAUGUGUAAGCUUAAUAAAUAUUUGCGAGCAAAAAAUUCUGCAAUUUUUUUUCGAGCAUGCCGGACAAGGGUCAUACAUCCUAAAAAGUUUAGCUCGCGCUUUACAGGCCCUAUUGAAAUAAUGAACAAUGUUUGAGGCCCGGCCCAGGAGCCAUGUCUAACCGAGUAUCCCGGCUGCCCUGCCAAGAGCGAGCUAGAUUUUUUCAUAAAUUAACCUGUGGCGCUAACUCAAAAUGUCCAAGAAGUUUAUAGAAAAUCUGUGCGCCGCACUGUGAGCGCUUCCCCUGUACGUUGCGGCAGAACUCCCCCUUUACUGAACUCUCCUUCUUUUUUUCCAGUUUCAAAAUGAGGGGGAGUGUUCAAAAAAGGGGAGAGUUCAGAUUGGGGGAGAGUCCAGGCUCAACCUCCCCUGUAAACCUCAAACACUUUCUUUCUUUCAGUCGAUCGGGAAAACAAUGCGGAUUAAUGAGGGCAUGGAAUCGCCCUUCCCCUCAUCCCCAAUCCGUCAACUAGCAUUCGACAGUCAAUGUGUCUACUACGAAAAGGGCGGAAGGUUCUGCGCGAAAAGCCUCGAUUCUCGCAACAAGCAUCCGGGCCAUGUGGCGAAUUCCCUGUGGCCCAAAAAGCACGCCUUCGUCGUCAGCAACAACAAACUGUUCGAGGUGACGACGCACAAGUAUGUGGUGUGCUACGACCUGGACGCGGGGCACGCUACGGGCACGUACGACAAGGAUAUAUGCCAGGUAUUUUUUUUUAAUUCUCGGUACAACGAAACCUGUUAUCCGUUUGUCGGGAAAAUAAUGAGCACUCUGUUGCAUCGAAAAUGAAAAAUUUCACAGUGUAAAAAUUUAAGCAGCGAAAAGUCUAUGCACGUUCAGGAAGGGUGCGUAGUCUUCCAGAAUCAGUCUGUCGGGAAAAUAAUGAGCACGUGCCGAUCACGUCGCUGAAGUGAACAGCAAUUUGAUUUUUCGGACACAAUUCAUUUUCUCUGCUGCAAUGCGAUUUUAGAUGCGAUAGGGUGCCCAUUAUUUUCCCGACAGACUGAUAUAACCAAUUAAUUUUUUGGUCCUUUUGCGAUUCAUUCAUCAUAUAAAGGUGGUCAUAUAAGAUCUCGGAAUUUUUUUUUUCCAAAUCGCGAUUUUCGGUGCACAAAAAAGUCGACGCCCAAAUCGAAAAAUUGGCGUCGACUUAAGACCCCGAUUUUUAACUCGGCACCCAAUUCCAAAAUUUUUAAAGUGUGCACCAAAUUCCGGAAUUCGGUGUUGACUUAAGCCUUCGGUGCAGACUUUGGGGAACAGUUGACCCAUUUUAUAUUCCUGCUCGAGAAGAUUUUUUUGGUUUUCGCCAAUCUUCAAGAUAUAUUUUAUGAAUGAAGACAAGAUGGAAUUAGUCCAAAAAGGGAAUUUUUACCAAGAGCAGCCUGCCCUGUUCGAUUUGAUGUCUAGAUUUCCCGUUUUCUGCUCGAAUAAAGCAGCAUAAAACUUACAUUAUCCAUGGUACAACAAACAUCACAACAUUCCAAAAUUUGGUGCUUUAUCCGAGCAGAAAACGGGAAAUCUAGACAUCAGAUCGAACAGGGCAGCCUGCUCUUGGUAAAAAUUCCUUUUUUGGACUAAUUCCAUCUUGUCUUCAUUCAUAAAAUAUAUCUUGAAGAUUGGCGAAACCCAAAAAAAAAUCUUCUCGAGCAGGAAUAUAAAAUGGGUCAACUGUUCCCCAAAGUCUGCACCGAAUUCCGAAAUCCGGUGUCGACUUAGGGCUUCGGUGCAGACUUAAGACUUUGUGCACCGAUUUCGAAAAACGGGCGUUGGGUUUAGCAAAAAUGCACCGGAUUCCGGAAUUGGGUUCCGAGAAAAAAUUAACUCGACGUCAAUUUUUCGAUUUGGGCGUCGACUUUUUUGUGCACCGAAAAUCGCGAUUUGGAAAAAAAAAUUCCGAGAUCUUAUAUGACCACCUUUAUAUAGAGAUUUCACCGUAUGCAUCCAUCCUUACGUUUUUUUGGAAUAUAAAUUGUCGCAUUAGUGCAUCCAUGGACCAAAGGCUUUGCAAAUAAAUUUUAGGCCAAAAUCAGCCUCUGUAAAGCAAAACCUUUCCAAAACGGGCUUAUUUUCCGCUCCCUUUAAUUUGUUGUACAGAAAUUUGACGCGAUUUUUCUUUCAGUCUCCUUCAUUGUAUGCAUAUGAAAAUUCACUUGUCGUAUUUGAUCCAGAACAUAGUAUUUCCAUCUAUCAUUCGCAGCCGAGGCGUCUCCAAAGGACCGCCAUUUUUCGCUGCCAAAAUCGACAGCUCAGUCGGAGUGCGUUCUUGUUGCUAUUGGACCAAAAAGACGGAUGUGCGUUGCUCAAGGUAAUCAAGACUUAUGUUGCAGUGCCGGACCUAAUCCAGUGGCAGUAAGGGUGCCAUUUUGCAUUCGAACAACCGCCAAAAAAUGUAGCAAAAUACAGUGUGCGACAAAAUUAUAACCGCACUUUAGAAAUUGCUGUAACUUUUUUGGUUGUCAAUAGAAAUGUGUCAUAUUUGGCUUCAAUAUGCACUAUUGUCUUACAAAUCAUGUGCCAAAAAAUUAUUUCGGGAAAUUCCCCAAUUUGGAAAAAAUUGAAAAAAACCAAAAUUUUGGUGAUUUUCUUUGCGACAAAAUUAUAACCGCACUUACGAAUUUGGUUAUUUAGCCUAACUAAAUGACUAAAUAACAAUAACUAAUGUUUAGAUACGUUGCUUGAGGCUUCAAUAACGUCGACUGAAUAGUUGGGAAUACUCUGGGCAAGCUUUUUUAACCUCUUCUGGCCAAUACUGUUCCAGUAUUGGAAAUGUGCCUAUUUUAUCUCCGUUACUGUAAAAUAAUGCUUGUUGUCGCGGUGUAGUUAACAAAGCAGGAAGCCCCACACGUUAUCUAUUUGAUUUAAAUCCAAGGAACGCGUGGGCUCGUCCGGGAUAGCAUUUCUUGGCUGUUUGAGGAGCAGCUUUGACGACCAGCUAAGGUAUACGCGAGCACUGCCUUGCAUUAACGUGUACUCUGGUUGCCAAUACGCUACCAGAUGCUUUCCUAAGACUCCUUAGUACUCAAGGAUACUCAUUUUGAGUUGAUGUGGCCGCCAACGGAAGCUCUACGGUUCUUCGAAUGCGCCCCAAGUUAUCAACGAGCCACCUAAAACCUAAAACGUUACAGUGCGGGAAAUUACGCGUUUCUCUUUAGAUUUUACGUCUAUAAUGUCGGUAAUGUGUGAAGCCGUCAGGUACAUCAUUUGGCCAUAAAAUCUCCAAGGAAUUUGGCACUAUCAUGUGAAACUGACCUUUAACUAAUCAACCUGUUUUGCCAAUGUCACCUUGGCAAGUCUCGGCCGCGCACUGCCGUGAACCCGAGACAGCUCAGGCCACAACUUCAUAUGACGCCCAGUGAUGACGUAACUGUGUCUCACAACCCCCAGCAUAGCUUCCCUCCUACAAUUGAGGCCUAUUUCUUAGUUUAUAUGAGCCCAAGGCAUCGUAGAGUUGGAAGCUCGGCGGAUAUAUCCGCCCUUGCUCUUCUGCAGUGGUACACCUUUUUUGCCAGGCCGUUUAGAUGUGCUAUAGGCUUCUGGGUUACUCAGUUAGUUACUGACAAACUCUUUUGGAACGGCCUACCUGAGCUAAAGUAGGCACUUUUCCGAUUCUGGCACAAUAUUAGCCAGAAGAGGUUAAAAAAGCUUGCCCAGAGUAUUCCCAACUAUUCAGUCGACGUUAUUGAAGCCUCAAGCAACGUAUCUAAACAUUAGUUAUUGUUAUUUAGUCAUUUAGUUAGGCUAAAUAACCAAAUUCGUAAGUGCGGUUAUAAUUUUGUCGCAAAGAAAAUCACCAAAAUUUUGGUUUUUUUCAAUUUUUUUCCAAAUCGGGGAAUUUCCCGAAAUAAUUUUUUGGCAAAUGAUUUGUAAGACAAUAGUGCAUAUUGAAGCCAAAUAUGACACAUUUCUAUUGACAACCAAAAAAGUUACAGCAAUUUCUAAAGUGCGGUUAUAAUUUUGUCGCGCACUGUACCUACCUCUCCAAGCAAGAAAACUCCCAUUUCAAAAAGCGCGCCCUCUCUUUUUUUGCGAGGCAAAGGGGCGCCCUUCAAAACGGAGUUCUUUUUUUAGUUGGAGAUGGAGGCAUUUUGCUACAUUUUUUAUACUUCCCGGAUGCAAAAUGGUAAUUUUCAGACCACUGGAUUAGAUACGCCUCUGCAUAUGAAACCUAUGACAAGAUGCUCAAAGUUUUUUCGCUCGCAUUUUCCUCCAUGGUGUUUUAUUUUCCAUUUCCAGACGUUUACAAUUACCCACAGCAAGCCAAUCCAACAGACCGUGCAAAAAUGCUCAUCAAACGCAAUAUUUGGACGUUAUAGCGACAAUGUCUUCUUUGUGAUAGAUGGUGGCAAACGGAAUAUUUUUUACAUGGUUUCGGCGGAAGGUAUGGCAAAAGUUCAUCAUCUUUAGCUAACAAUAAAACUUUAAUUUCAGAGCCUCCUCUCCUCAUCUUUGCUGGUCCUGAUCUCUCAUAG